AUGACCCCCGUUUUGAAGCUGAGAGGACGGAGGCCCAGAGAGGCCAGCUUCUGUCCCCCGCACCAGCACCCAGCCCGCACUGACGCCGCUCCCCCCGGCCCCCAGGAUCUGCAGGUCAUCAGCACGGACGAGAGCCAGGUGUUCGUGGCCGUGCAGGAGUGGUACCAGACCGACACCUACAACCUGUACCAGUCGGACACGCGCGGCGUGCGCUACUCGCUGGUGCUGGAGGACGUGCGCAGCUCGCGGCAGGCGGAGGAGAGCGUGGUCAUCGACAUCCUGGAGGUCCGAGGGGUGAAAGGAGUCUUCCUGGCGAACCAGAAAGUCAACGGGAAGGUGGUGACGCUCAUCACCUACAACAAGGGUCGAGACUGGGAUUAUCUGAGGCCUCCCAGCACGGACAUGAACGGGAAACCAACCAACUGCAAGCCUCCGGACUGCCACCUGCACCUGCAUCUGCGCUGGGCGGACAACCCCUACGUGUCGGGUACCGUGCACACGAAGGACAGCGCGCCCGGCCUCAUCAUGGGCGCAGGUAACCUGGGCUCCCAGCUGGUGGAAUAUAAAGAGGAAAUGUACAUCACGUCGGACUGCGGCCACACCUGGCGGCAGGUAUUCGAGGAGGAGCACCACAUCCUCUACCUGGACCACGGUGGCGUGAUCGUGGCCAUCAAGGACACCUCCAUCCCACUGAAGAUCCUCAAGUUCAGCGUGGACGAGGGCCUCACCUGGAGCACGCACAACUUCACCAGCACUUCCGUGUUUGUGGAUGGGCUGCUGAGCGAGCCCGGCGACGAGACGCUGGUCAUGACUGUCUUCGGCCACAUCAGCUUCCGCUCGGACUGGGAGCUGGUCAAGGUGGACUUCCGGCCCUGGUUCUCCAGGCGGUGCGGUGAGGAUGACUACAGCUCCUGGGACCUCACCAACCCGCAGGGUGACCGCUGUGUCAUGGGCCAGCAGAGAAGCUUCCGCAGGAGGAAGCCCGCGUCCUGGUGCGUCACAGGCCGCAGCUUCACGGCGGCGCUCACAGCACGCGUGUGCCCCUGCCGGGCCUCAGACUUCCUCUGUGACUAUGGAUUUGAGCGCGCCCCCUCCUCGGAGUCCGAUGCCAACAAGUGCUUUGCCAACUUCUGGUUUAACCCUCUGUCGCCCCCUGACGACUGUGUCCUGGGCCAGACCUACACCAGCAGUCUCGGGUACCGGAAGCUGGUGUCCAACGUGUGCGAGGGCGGCGUGGACCUGCGGCAGAGCCCGGUGCGGCUGCAGUGCCCGCUCCUGCCGCCCCGGGGCCUGCAGGUCAGCAUCCGCGGCGAGGCGGUGGCCGUGCGGCCCGGCGAGGACGUCCUGUUCGUGGUGCGGCAGGAGCAGGGUGAUGUCCUGACCACCAAGUACCAGGUGGACCUGGGGGACGGCUUCAAGGCCAUGUACGUGAACCUCACAUUGACCGGGGAGCCCAUCCGGCACCGCUACGAGAGCCCUGGUGUCUACCGUGUGUCUGUCAGGGCGGAGAACAUGGCAGGGCAUGACGAGGCAGUGCUGUUUGUCCAAGUCAACUCCCCCCUGCAGGCCCUCUACCUGGAAGUGGUCCCUGUCAUCGGCGUCAGCCAGGAAGUGAACCUCACAGCCGUGCUGCUGCCCCUGAACCCCAACCUCACCGUCUUCUACUGGUGGAUCGGCCACAGCCUGCAGCCCCGCCUGUCCCUGGAGAACUCUGUGACGACGCGGUUUGGGGAGCCGGGGGACGUGCGGGUGACGGUGCAGGCCGCCUGCGGGACCUCCGUGCUGCAGGACUCCAAGGUGGUCCGCGUGCUGGAUCAGUUUGAAGUGGUACCUCUGCAGUUUUCCAAGGACCUGGACGCUCACAACCCCAACACCCCCGAGUGGAGGGAAGACGUCGGCCUCGUGGUGUCCCGGCUCCUCUCCAAGGAGACCAGCAUCCCCGAGGAGCUGAUGGUAACGGUGGUAAAGCCAGGGCUGCCCACCUUGGCCGACCUGCACGUGCUCCUGCCCCCUCCCAGGCCCACGAGGAAGAGGAGCCUCAGCAGUGACAAGAGGCUCACGGCCAUCCAGCAGGUGCUGAAUGCACAGAAGAUCAGCUUCCUCCUGCGUGGCGGGGUCCGGGUCGUGGUGGCCAUGAGGGACGUGGACGCAGAUUCCCCGAGCCUGGGAGGCGGAGGCGGCUACUGGGCAGUGGCAAUCCUCUUCGUCAGCGGGCUCUUCGCGGUCGGGGCCUUCAUCCUGUACAAGUUCAAAAGGAAACGCCCCGGCAGGACCGUGUAUGCCCAGAUGCACAACGAGAAGGAGCAGGAAAUGACGAGCCCCGUGAGCCACAGCCAGGGCGUGCAGAGCGCCAUCCAGGGCGAGGAGCUCAUGGAGGACGAGCUCCACCCGCAGACUCUAGGGAAUCACUCGGGCGUGGUCCUGAGCGUCAGCUCCCGGGAGAUGCACAGCUACCUGGUGAGCUGAGGCCGCGGAGGAGGCCGCGCCCAGAACGCUCUCCUCUCCGCCGCGUCAUAC